UUAUGACCAAAAUGGCCAAAAUCAGCUAAAAUCGAUACCCUAUUUAUGACCAGAACGGCUGAAAAUCCAUACCCUUUGGAGCCGCACAUACUUAUAUAUCCCAUAUAAAGGAGUACCGCCCCCAGGGAUUUAUAAAGGUCUGAGUAUUCCAAUGGCAAAUCGUACAAUACAACUUGACACCUAAAAGAAAUACAUAAUAUAUUACCCGGGGACGUGAUGAAUUCAUAAUUUUUCCGCUCCGUAAAAGAAAUAGCAUUGCGAAAGUUACCCCUGAGUACUGUAAUGCCAAAGUCUAAGCUGCAUAACAUUUGACGAAGUUUUGUCAAAUAACGUUUCCUCAGUGAAACUGUCUCGUUUCAAACUGAAGUCUCGUUAGCCUGACAAAGUAUUAGGAUUGAAACGAACUUUAGUAGAGUCCGAUAGAGUCUUGAUUCGAACGGAGUGUUUUCAUCUUGUACCAAACAAGCGCGUUAAAUCAUGGCCUCAACUUCAGCCAUUCCGCCGUUCGACUUUUGCAUUUCUGUCCUGGGAAGCGGAGGCGUUGGUAAAACAUCUCUGCUGAGGUCGUUUCUCGAGCAAGACUUCAACGAAAAACACGUUCCAACUCUUGAUGACUACUACGUUCAUAGAAUGGCAGUAGAUGGUACACACUUCACAGUUUGUUUUGUGGAUACCGCCGGUUCAUACUCCUUUCCAGUCAUGAGGAAACUAGCGCUGGAUUCAAGCCAGGGAUUUAUCGUUGUCUAUGCUUUGGACAACGUGGCUUCGUUCGAGGAAGCAGUGCACACAAUGGAGGAAAUUUCUGCGCUUCGAGAGAACAGCGAGGAUCUAGUGCCCGUCAUUCUAGUUGGAAACAAGCUGGAUAUAGAUGUCAACGAACGAGAGGUUACAGCGUGGCAAGGACAUGGUGCGCUGUCGGUUCUGUUGCGUUUGGAAGGAGAGUACAUCGAGACGUCGGCUAAAACUGAUUUCAGAGUGGAAAAAGUCUUCAUGGAGAUGAUCAGGACCUUAAUAUACAAUGCCAGAGAAGUGAACAAAAAAAGGCUGAUGAAGAGUAGAAGAAAGGGACUCCGUGGAAAGGAGAGAAAAUUUAAGCAACGAGGAGGAAGAUCGUGUAGUUUAAUGUAAGAAAUGGUUCUUUUCGCCCCCUCUUGGAGAGGACGUUUUGUUUACGGAGAUAUAACAGAGAUAUUUAUUUUGGUUAAAGUUAUAUUACUUUCAUAAUUUAAUAUAUACACAUACUUAGGAUAUUAUUCUCGUGUUUAUAAUUUAUUAUAUGUUGUAAAUAUUAUUCCAGGGUCAAUUUCAUUAAGAUAUUCCUUCUUUUAUCAUUCGUAGAAUUCCAUUUCAAACUGUCUUGCGCAAAGCACACCUAUGAAUAUAUAUUGUCGUCUCAGAUUCAAGUACAGUGAUUAUUUUAGCAAGUAAAAUUUAUGUAAAAAGAGCAGUAUUUUAAUAAAAUGCGUUAUUAUUCUGAAAAUGAGAUUCUCCGAGUGUUCUUACGUAACUUUUAUAUACUGCUAAUACACAAUUGUUGUCAUGUGUUUGAUGCGACGUCGGGGCGCAACACCAAUAAGUUAAUUGGGUUAGCCCAUAUCACAACACCUUACACAGGCGAGAAUAUUUUGCGUAAUAUUGUUGAAACUGCUGGCAAGUUCCCACGUUUGCAACAACAAAUACACUGAAUACUUAUGACAACCCUUCCCCCUCCCUCGGGACUUUUCGGUACAACGUGACCGAUUCUACCCAUUGUCUGUUUUUUUUAGUAAGGGGUGGCGAAUAGUAACUGCGAGACUUUGCGGCUAGACUAGCGUUCAUCUUUGCGAACCCGAGAAAUUUUGACUUAUUCAAUCGCGAAACCCAGACUUCAAAGUCUUGUACGUGAGCUCAAGAUGUUCGGGUUUCAGGACAUUCAGAUGUGACAGUCAUUCAAAUCGGUACCUCGGGAUUCUUGGCCCUUCAAAAAAUCGAGACUGCGUGACAGCUUUGUGAGAACGAUAAAAAACGAGACAGUGAGACCGAUAAAAAACGAGACAGUGAGACCCGAAAUGAAAUUCGACGAAAAUUUUGAGAGACCCAUAAAAAAAUCAGUUGUAAAACCCAUGGGUUAAGAAGGACAAUUUGCCACCCCCUUAGUACUGUCUUUUGACGCACUGGGAGCGAGGUUGAUGUUAAGUUUUCAAGAAGAUUCUCGAAUAUGACCUUACCACUUCAAAAUUGCUUCCAAAACUUCGGAGCAAUAAGUAUUGCCGACUGUUGGUGUUCAGAAUAUUUUUCAAAACAUUUGACAACAGAGUUGCGCGUGAUGGUGCAGUAUACCCCAAGUAAAUUGUAGCUCCCGAAUAUUUGUUUGUAGCCAACCGAUUCCUUUUUAAAAUACUGAAAUAAACUUUUUGGAUUCAUUUGUGUUUUCUUGAAAAUUUAGACUGUUUGCAGUCUGUGGUUCUUUAGAAAAUCAGGAAGUGGUUUUAAGACGGGAUGGGAUUGGGACGAGACCAAGCGCCCCAACCUUUCCUCGCGUACGUUCGCGGGGAUCGGGGAUAAACGCCCACCGACCGGACCGCAUAUCCGACUGCAAGAGGAAAGACAAACCAGUUGAGUGGUCUGUGAACAUUAAGCAGUAAUUAGCAGGAGGAGAAGAUUUUCCUCUCAUAAUCGGUAAGUGUAUUAGUACCCACAAAAUAUGUCACAAUUACAACAACAACAACAAAAACUUUUAUUUCACGCCAGAGGUUAGAGAUUUCAAUGAUAUAGAGUGAAAACAACAAUUGUGGAGGUGCAGGCUACCCGAAAUUAUAACCUAAGAGUUGAAAAUGCCAGGCAGCCGGUUAAAAAAAAUAUACAUUUUAUGUUUAGGUCAGAGGUACAAAACGAAACGCACUAAACGCAAGCUACAGUCCUGCAUGUUUUCGCGUUUCUGGAAACAUUUUUAGGUUGUAAAUCUGCUCGCCUCAUGGCCAAUCAGGAUGGUGCUGGUCAUCCAAAAUCAGUAACAUGAAACGACGAGAAGUAUUCGGUCUACUCCCCAUGGAUAGAAUGCUACUUAGUUUAUCGUGGAGUCUAUGCCCAGAGCAUUUCAUUCACUGGUGUUAAUUUGUAUGGGUUAUUGACCAAGUGUGAGGUCAAGAUGGCUGGAUAUUGGCCAAGUUCUUUUUUUG